AUGACCAGAAAAAUUAUGGUUGGAAUAAUCGCCUUCACAUGGAUUCUGUCAUGCUGUUGCUACGCUCUGGUAUUCCAUAACGCAACACUGGUAGAAAUAAAUGGAAAGACAUAUUGUGCUAACCGUAUUGUGAGAGAUCUUUUGAAAUCACAGGAAAAUUUCCGUACUUACUUGAUCUGCGAUUUUAUUCUCGUGACUGGAAUACCGAUUGCUACGACCACAAUAUUGUACAUCGUAAUUGGGGUGAAAAUGUGCACUCGAGUAACUCCAGGGAAUCAAACUGCCGCCAAUGCUGCCCGGAAUCGUACAGUUAAUCGUAAGGUGAUAUCUAUGCUUGUUGCAGUCCUCAUUGCAUUCUGCAUUUGUUGGAUGCCAACUUGGGUUGCCUUGGCCUGUUUGAAUGUGCCACCACCGAGAAUGUGCCACAAUGAUGACUUCGCUUACAUCAGGUAUUUCCUGUCCUACUCAAACAGUGCAGUGACACCGUACAUCUACCCUGUUUUCAAUCAGAGUUUUCGAGAAGGUUACCUGCAUGGUUUGAGGCAAAUUGCUUCAUGCUGCUGUUUUCAGGGGAUUUGUCAACGCUGCAGCAAUAAUCAAGUGCUCCCGUCAGAAGAAAGAACGACAGCUACUACUGCUUCUAGAACGGACAGAACGCGCUUUAAUACCACUGAGCUGUGA